UUUAAUUUUACUUUAGUUAGUAGUUAGUAGUUCGACAGCCGCGUGAUACUACUGUAGCGUUAGUAAAUUGUUACGCGGCUCUAAUCGUUAAGUUAUCAAUUAGUUUUGAUUACUUCUGUGCUUCAAAAACAGCUGAUAAGUGACUAUCUGCGGAAUAUCUAGCCAUUCAUUAUUAGAAUGUUGAAUAAUGCCUUAUCUUAACUGUGAAUUAACUUCUUGACAAUAGAUUUUGAAGCACGUGUAUUAUCAGCGGAAGAGUAUCAACUAACAGCUCAAAAAUAAACAUCGGUGAUGUUAGAGAAAAUGGAAUUUGAGCCAAGGGAAGCCACGGACUUGCUUGGUGGGAGUCAAAAGACUGAAGUUAAUGGAAACCCUAACCAUGCUUCUAAGAGAGGGCCUCCAGAUGGAGGAUUUAGAGCAUAUGCUGUAAUGGUUGGCUCUUUUCUUACGAAUGGGCUAUUAUUUGGCGUUAUAAAUUCUUACAGCGUAAUAUACCCUGAACUUGAAAGAAAACUGAAAGAUGCAAACAUACCAAACGCCGAGAGUCGCGCAUCUUUGGUGGGCACGCUGGCUAUGGGAACUACGUUUUUCCUGUCACCGCUCUCAGGAGUUCUGACGGGCCUCAUGGGUCUCCGUUUGACCGCUGUGCUUGGCGGCACAAUCGCCACCGCUGGCCUACUCUUCAGUUCCUUCGUCGUUGAUCACAUAGACGCUCUUUGUUUCACCUACGGUAUUAUGUACGGCUUAGGAGCGUCAUUUGCGUACACGCCGUCUCUAGCCAUCCUCGGUCACUACUUCAAAAAGAAGCUAGGACUUGUAAACGGCAUUGUCACAAUCGGCAGUUCCAUUUUCACCGUCUUCAUUCCCGUUGUGAUGGAUGUUAUGAUAAGAAAUCACGGCUUAGACUGGAUGUUCAGACUUUUGGCAUUAUUCUCGUGCGGUAUAGCACUUUGUGGGUUGUUAUUCAACCCAACUCCAUUGACGGCAGCUGAAAAGCCUAUAAGGGACGACGACAGCAUUAAAUCUUUGCUAAAAACGAUUGUCAACAUCGAAAUUUGGAAGAACAAGAAGUACAGAAUGUGGGCAUUGUGCAUGCCUGUAGCCUUAUUUGGUUAUUUUGUCCCAUAUGUGUACAUCAAAUCUUACAUCGAGAAACGUUUUGUAGACGUAGGUAACAAAAACCUACCAUUACAAUGUAUAGCAGUUACUUCGGGAAUAGGGAGACUCAUGUUUGGUUAUCUAGCAGAUAAACCGGGAAUGGAUAGAAUAUUGUUGCAACAAAUUUCGUUUUACGUUAUUGGCAUACUUACUAUCAUUAUACCUUUUGUUGAGUCUUUCCCUUUCUUGGUGGCAAUUUCUUUGGGUAUGGGAUUGUUCGACGGUGCCUUUAUUGCUUUGAUUGGGCCAAUAGCGUUUGAGAUGUGUGGCAGGAACUGUGCAGCCCAAGCUAUUGGUUGUAUGUUAGGACUUGCAGCAUUCCCCUUGUCGAUUGGGCCGCCCGUAGCUGGCCAUAUUUAUGAUUACUACAAAUCUUACACUGUUCCCUUUAUUUUGGCUGGUGUCUCCCCAUUAGUAGGAGCUACGUUGAUGUUUUUUGUCCGUUUAUAUCGGACUAACAAUAUCCAGGAAAAUAAUUCAAAUGCGAAUGGGCAUCUUGAUUCCGUGGCUGUUGGAAAUUCACCGGAUCCUCUACUUGGAAAUAAGACUGCACAACAACCGGGCUUAUAACAUCAAAGAAGGAAAUAAUCAGGCAAUAAUUUAUAAUAUUACAUGAGUCGCAGUUUCAUGGACUUAAUAACAACAGCUGUAUGAGGAUUAAAACUAUAGGAUGGUGGUAUAUUUUAUAUUUGAUUCUAUACAUAUAAUCUUUCAAGCUAAAGCUGGUUACAAAUUAGAAUUAGAUAGAUUUUAUCAACAAAGUUUGGUGCCUAUUAGGAGUAAAAAGUGAAAAAUCUGAAAUUUUUGGUAUUCGAUCAUGUUCUACUAAAUCAUUCAGUAUAACUGAGUGGAAAUUAACGACAAAUAUUGUUCUAUAUAAGAUAUAGUUGUGGAACUGCAUGAAAUAUUAAAUCGUCAAUUAUUUUUUACGGUGACGACCUAAUCGAGAAACAAAUCAUUUAUCUUUAUUAUCCUACCUAUACAGUACUGUUAGGUAAGCUAAUACAACGUAUAUUUUUAUUAUGAACGCAGCUACAUGACUUUAUUAUUAUUUUUAUUACAAAAACAAUUAUGUUGAGCGUGAAACGGUGCAUUUUGUUUAAAAUGCGGCGAGAUAACAACGAGUUAUACAUAUAUUUACAAUUUUAAUGUGUUUUACGAUUUUAAAUGCAUUUGCGUAGAAGUUAGUUUACGUCAAUAUGCAAAAAAUAUUCAUUAGAACCUCGCGAUAAAGUCUGUGCAUGCACGCAAAUAAUGUAAUUACAACGAGAAUCUAAUUAAAUAUUUCCAGUAAUUAAUUACAUUUACGUAUAUCCAUUUUACCUAGUUACCGAUGAAGUUCCUAUUCCAUUUUGUUUUAGUCCAAUUUAUUUUAUAAGUAAAAAUAUUUAUGUUUAAGAAAAUUAAGUUAUACAUACCUACAUGUUACAUAAAAAUUAUGUAUAAGAAUAUAUUUUUAGAAAAUUGACAAUACAGAUUUGAAAGUGACAUAAUAUUUAGAAUGUAGAAUCUCAAUAAUUUAUUUUUUCACUUUAAUAAUGAAAUCGAAUAAAAAUUGGUCCUUUUUAGCGAUGUAUGAAAUUCGAUUAAUUAUGAUGCUUUUUAAAUAUAUUUCGAGUGACAACACAAUAUUAGAAGCUUUAGCACUGUGUACCUACCUACCGUGUACGUACCUAUCGAAAACUGAAAAAUAAGUGCAAGGGUUUAUAAAAUAAAGAAACAUGGGAGUUAGCUAAAUAUGUAGUUAAUUACAACUUUGUCCACGUAUUAUAAAAUUAGUUUUUGAUUAAAUAAUAUUAAAACUAAUAUGUAGUAGCUAAGCUACAGGCUCCUAAACUGAAGUGCAUAAUUUAGAGAGAUUGAUAGAAUCUGCUAUUGUAGAGUUCCGUAAUAAACCCCAAUUAUUUAGCCAUCUCCUUUCAAAUACGAUUCUUAAAGCAGAUUUUUCAAAUUUUGUUUGAAGAAUCGUAAAUUGUUAUUUAUUACAUUUAAUAUGUUUACACAUAAUAUAACUCUCUAUAUUAAAGUAAAUAUUUUUUCUAUCUAGGUAACUAAUAAGUACUUAUUGAAUUUUUAUGAUCGAUAUCUUUUGUUAAUGUUUUAAAAGUACAUAGUUCACAGGUGUGUGCAUUUGUGUGAAGUGUGCUUAGUUAAUACGAUACAUUGCGUCUGUAGUGUGCUGUGAUAUGAAUGAAUUCAUAAUCAAUUAUUAUAUGGGGUACAAUACAAUAUUAUCUACGUUAUCUUUAAGAUCUACUUGAGGCUAAUAAUUACGCUAUAUCAAUAUAAUGUGAUUGUUAUUCAAAUAAAGGUCUGUAUAAUCGUAUGGCAGGAUAAUAUGAUUUAUUCUACUAUUUUUGCUGCCAAGGUAUAAAAAAUCUUCGUGUGUGAUAUAUUCCUUGCUAGGUUAUAUUUAUAGGGUGUUAGGUAAAAAUACAUUUUAUAAAAUCCGAUUUGUAUGAAAAUUAAAAUAAUUAAAAUGAAGAUAUCAAAUUUUCUGACUUC